AUGUUCAAAGUGAGGCACUUCCUAGAAGGUUCCCCAUCUCCUCUCCCCCUCUCUUCUCCCCAUCUCCUCUCACCCUGCCUCCUCUCCCCAUCUCCUCUCCCCUGCUCCUCUCCCUUCUUCUCCCCCUCUUCUCCCCCCUCUCCUCCUCCACCCCUCUCCCUCUCCUUGCCCACUCUCCUCUCUCCAUCCUCUCUCCUUCUCUCCACUUCUCGUCUUCUCUCCCUUGUCCUCUCCCUCUCUCGUCUUCCCCUCUCGUCUCUCAAACAAUCCUUUUCUUUCGAGGUGCACUGGCAGCAGCACUCCCAGGGGGGGGGGGUGUCGUCGCCUGGCGCUGCAGCUGCACGGAGCACCGGCUGUCAUGGACCUGCCCUUCCCCUUCCUGCACCUCUCUAUCAUCCAGCUGGGCUGCAGGUGGAGCAAGGCCGGCACACCGUGUGCUCCUUCCUCUCCUCCCACCUUCUGCACACGGGGUGCAGAUGCUCCGAAAGGCGCUUAGGCUCCCACGCCUGCCCUCUCCCACCCUCCCACUCUCUCCUCCUCCCACCCUCUCCACCCUCUGCCUGUCAUGUGCAAUGGGGGGAGGAGGACGAGGAAGAGCGACACACCAUGUGCUUUCUUCUCGCCUCCCUCCACGUGCAUGCAUGGCCCUCUUCUCGCCUCCCUCCACGUGCAUGCAUGGCCCUCUUCUCGCCUCCCUCCACGUGCAUGCAUGGCCCUCUUCUCGCCUCCCUCCACGUGCAUGCAUGGCCCUCUUCUCGCCUCCCUCCACGUGCAUGCAUGGCCCUCUUCUCGCCUCCCUCCACGUGCAUGCAUGGCCCUCUUCUCGCCUCCCUCCACGUGCAUGCAUGGCCCUUGCCGGCCUACGACAAGGGCCGGCUUAACGACAAGGGCCGGCUUAACGACAAGGGCCGGCUUAACGACAAGGGCCGGCCUGACGACAAGGGCCGGCCUGACGACAAGGGCCGGCCUGACGACAAGGGCCGGCCUGACGACAAGGGCCGGCCUGACGACAAGGGCCGGCCUGACGACAAGGGCCGGCCUGACGACAAGGGCCGGCCUGACGACAAGGGCCGGCCUGACGACAAGGGCCGGCCUGACGACAAGGGCCGGCCUGACGACAAGGGCCGGCCUGACGACAAGGGCCGGCCUGACGACAAGGGCCGGCCUGACGACAAGGGCCGGCCUGACGACAAGGGCCGGCCUGACGACAAGGGCCGGCCUGACGACAAGGGCCGGCCUGACGACAAGGGCCGGCCUGACGACAAGGGCCGGCCUGACGACAAGGGCCGGCCUGACGACAAGGGCCGGCCUGACGACAAGGGCCGGCCUGACGACAAGGGCCGGCCUGACGACAAGGGCCGGCCUGACGACAAGGGCCGGCCUGCUCCACGCCCACUCAGCAGCCCAUGA